AUGGGUACCUCGUUAGCGAAGGAUGCCCGAGCACUACAACGCCAGAUCUCUACCUUGCACGCAGACUCGGAAGCCACGCUGAUUACAUACUCCAAGCUACUGCACAAGUACCCCGAAGACCGUCGCGCCUUGCUCGGACUGCUCGACGCGACCGCACACAGCAUCAUCGAGGGGUGGAGGCUACGAGCGCUGGAUGACCACACGAACGCACGAGGAGCCUUCAAUAGCCUGGAGAAGGGACGGUGGGUAGAGUUCGGCUGGCUUGAACUUGACAUCGCCUUCGCAUCGGUCUGGAUCGACCGACCGACCUUUCUAGUGCAACUGCGAGCACUGCACGACAAGACCAAGCUCGACUGGAACACAGCUGUUGGCCUCAUCGCAACUGCUAAGGGCAACGCUCGCGACGUCAAACCAACACACCUUAAACGCGCACUAGAAGAAGCGCGAGCAACAGAGAGAAGCGCGACAGCCACGCACGCAAAGACAGCCAAUCAAGGCGAUCAGAGGGAGGAGGACAGAUCGGCAACUGACGAUUGGGAGGUACAGGAAAGCAGCGCAGAGCGAGACGGAGACGGAGACGUAACGCUCGUAGAUCACGACCCACCGACGCAGGAGAGCCUCGAUCACCCACCCAUCACCCAGUCUGAUCCCCCAAGCUGGGGCGACGACGACACGUGCUUAGACGACGGCAUCGUGCCGGUACACGAGACCGGAAGGCAGCAUCUCAAACGUCAAAAUCUCGACGAGCAGCGUAUCGGCCCGCAACAGCUCGACCGAACACGCCUUAUCACGAUGGCCACAGGUAAUACCCAAAGCGCACAGCCUGAAACCCGGGUCGAGACGGUGAGACGGUGGAAGCAAGAACUUGAGGACAGUCGCGCGAAGGCAAGACAGUCACGAGAAGCAAAUGUCGCUGCUGGACUACAUCUCGAGGAAACGACCGAUGUGACGAAUCUCAACGCUCGCAAAAGGGUCGCGCGUGUUGCGUUUGGCAUCCCAGAUGAUGACAGCCAGAUGGGUGAUCAAGCUGCUCGAAAGGCCGUGGCGGAUGCGACGACCGAGCUGGAACGGACAUCAAGUGCGUGGAAGGCCGAUCGAGAGGAAACUGCACGGAGGGAAGCAGAAUUCGUCGAUAUCACGCGUGUAGUGCUCGAGGGGGUAUGA